UGAGUAUUAUUGACAUAUGACUGAUAUCUUGACGGUGUAAAUCCCUGUGCCAGUCUACAAAAGCUUGUUCGGGGCAUAGAAUCACACUUUGCGAGGAAAUUUUCCAUUGACGCAACAAGUGCUCUAUGGUUAAAGCGGUUGCUCAACAUCAAUUGCGUAAUGCAAAAUUUUUUCAAGCUUUUUCAAGGACCACGGCAGCGAGUAAACCACUCGAGAUGCGAGUUCACUUGUUUGUUGUGGUUCCACAUCCAAGAGUCGCAGGCCGCCCGUCAUGGCAUCGACCGCACAUGCACAGACUAUGUUUACAGGGUGUUGAAGAUGGCAGUGUGGAUCCAGGCCCAGCAGCUCCAGGGGGAUGCUCUGCACCAGAUGCAGUCACUGUACGGUCAGCACUUCCCCAUCGAGGUGCGCCACUAUCUGUCCCAGUGGAUCGAGGGCCAGCUCUGGGAUGUCAUAGACCUGGAGAACCCGCAGGAGGAGUUCAAGGCCAAACGCCUGCUGGACAGUCUGAUACAGGAGCUGCAGAACAAGGCUGAGCACCAGGUGGGAGAAGACGGCUUCCUCCUCAAAAUCAAACUGGGACACUACGCCAGCCAGCUCAAGAGCACGUAUGACCGCUGUCCUCUGGAGUUGGUCCGAUGCAUCAAACACAUCCUCUACACAGAGCAGAGGCUUGUCAGGGAGGCGACAAAUUCGAGCUCUCCGGUCGGCGGGAUGAUGGACAGCAUGUCCCAGAAAUACCAGCAGAUCAACCAGGCCUUCGAGGAGCUUCGUCUCAUGACGCAGGACACGGAGAACGAGCUGCGCAAGCUCCAGCACAACCAGGAGUACUUCAUCAUCCAGUACCAGGAGAGCCUCCGCAUCCAGGCUCAGCUGACCAGCCUGUCCACGCUGCCCCCUGCUGACAGACAGCUACGGGAGCCCGCCCUCCUCAGCAAGAGAGCCACUGUGGAGGCAUGGCUGACCAGAGAGGCCAACACACUACAGAAAUACAGACUGGACCUCGCAGAGAAGCAUCAGAAAACACUGCAGCUGUUAAGGAAGCAGCAGACCAUCAUUCUGGACGACGAGCUAAUCCAGUGGAAGAGACGGCAACAGCUGGCGGGCAACGGGGGCCCGCCGGAGGGAGGCCUGGACAUCCUGCAGUCCUGGUGUGAGAAGCUGGCAGAGACUAUCUGGCAGAACAGGCAGCAGAUUCGGAGGGCAGAGCACCUCAGACAACAGCUGCCCAUCCCCGGCCCCAUAGAGGAGCUCCUCAACGAACUCAACAGCACAAUCACAGAUAUCAUUUCAGCAUUGGUCACCAGCACCUUCAUUAUCGAGAAACAGCCACCGCAGGUGUUGAAAACCCAGACCAAGUUUGCCGCCACGGUGCGACUCUUAGUGGGCGGGAAGUUGAACGUGCACAUGAACCCUCCUCAGGUCAAAGCCACCAUCAUCAGCGAACAGCAAGCCAAGGCCCUGCUGAAGAACGAGAACACGAGGAACGACAGCAGCGGGGAGAUUCUCAACAAUAACUGUGUGAUGGAAUACCACCAGACUACGGGCACUCUCAGCGCCCACUUCAGGAACAUGUCUUUGAAGAGGAUCAAGCGAUCGGACCGGCGAGGGGCAGAGUCCGUCACGGAGGAGAAGUUCACCAUUCUGUUCGAGUCCCAGUUCAGUGUUGGAGGCAAUGAGCUCGUCUUUCAAGUGAAGACGUUAUCGCUUCCUGUAGUGGUGAUAGUUCACGGUAGCCAAGACAAUAACGCCACGGCAACGGUGCUGUGGGACAACGCUUUCGCAGAGCCGGGACGGGUGCCUUUCCUCGUGCCUGACAAAGUGCUCUGGCCUCAGCUGUGCGACGCCAUCAACAUGAAAUACAAGGCGGAGGUGCAGAGCAACCGAGGCCUGUCUGAGGAGAAUCUGGUCUUCCUGGCUCAAAAGGCCUUCAGCAUCUCCAGCAACAACCCCGACGACUACCGCAACAUGACGAUGACCUGGUCACAGUUCAACAGGGAGAGCUUGCCAGGGAGGAACUUCACGUUUUGGCAGUGGUUUGACGGUGUGAUGGAACUCACAAAAAAGCAUCUGAAACCGCACUGGAAUGACGGGGCCAUCUUGGGCUUCGUGAACAAGCAGCAGGCUCAGGACAUGCUGAUGUCCAAACCCAACGGCACUUUCCUUCUGCGCUUCAGCGACUCUGAGAUCGGAGGAAUCACAAUAGCUUGGGUGGCCGAAAAUCCCAACAAAGCAGGUGAGCGAAUGGUGUGGAACCUCAUGCCCUACACAACCAAAGACUUCUCCAUCCGAUCCCUGGCCGACCGCAUCAGCGAUCUCAAUCACCUCCUGUUCCUCUACCCCGACAGACCCAAGGACGAGGUUUUCUCCAAAUAUUACACCCCACCCCUCUCCAAAGCAGUGGACGGCUACGUGAAACCGCAGAUCAAACAAGUGGUGCCCGAGUUUGCCACAGCCAAUCCAGACCCGGCGAGCGGGAACCAAACCUACAUGGAUCACGGCGCGUCCCCAGCACCUGUCAGUCACCCUCACACCUAUGGCAUAUACCCGCCUAUCUUGUCUGAGUGUGAGUGGCUCCUCUCUGUGUCCUGUGGCAGGAGCGACUCUAUGUUGGACACGGACGGAGACUUUGACCUGGACGACACCAUGGACGUGGCGCGGCACGUAGAGGAGCUCCUGCGGCGGCCCGUAGAGAGCCAGUGGGGCGGCCCACAGUCAUGACCCCUGACCUCUCAACCCGCAACAACACCAAACGAACCCUGCCUCCCAAGUUGCCGCCACUCGCAUUGACAUCUCUCAUGGUUUUAAUUCCAUUCGUUUUCAUCUUUUUUGUUUCAGAUAGCUAUAAUGUGAAAUGUUGAUAAUGGUUGUGAUCUUAUUUUAGUUUUUUUUCUUUACAGCAUGAGAGCAUGCAUGUCAGUGACUCUUAGUUUUACUUGUGUCCAUAAGUGUUUGUAAAAACAGAUUUAGGUAUGACGCAAAAACCUACAUGUUACAGUAUUGUGAAAAAGAAAAGAAGAAAUAAUGUCCGUUCACAUUGUGCAUGCAUUUCCAGUUGAUUUUGAACAGAUUUAAACAAAUAUGCUACUGUACGUAGUCAUUUUAACAGUUGAAUGUUUUUAUUUUUGUUAUUAUUUUCUUCUUUUGUAAAUGGGUUAUCAGUAUUUUCAUAGUGACAUUGAACCUGCCCUAUGACAAAAAAGAAACUAGUGAAUAGUUUUGCUUUGGCUCUAAACUACGUAAAUCGUCGCUGCUCCGCAGAGUAAGUCUGUUUUGUUUUUUUUCAGACACACUAACGUAAAGGCAGAGUCUCUGUCUUCGCUCUCUGCGACUGACGGCACACACACACAUCAGCGCAGCACGGCGACGUAUUUGUUCUGAUUGUUUUUUCACCAGCUGAAACCCCAUGAGAGGGGAGGGCGGUUCACGCCCCUUCCCCCUCGCUCUCACAGGGCUAUCUCUCUUCUGUUUGUAUACACAGAAAUGCAAAUCUGAGCAUUUACCCAGCGCUGCCUGCUUCUCCUCUCAGGUCCCUCUGUUCCCCUCAUCGAUGCUACCUCGCAUUAUUCUACUGACAGUCGUUGUUACUCUCUGUUGUUGUUGUCGUUGUUGUUGUCGUCUCCACAUUGCACCACGUUCACACCAGCAGGCACCGUCUUUGGGUUUGUGUUCUCGUUCAUCUCUGUACGAGUGAAGUAAGUUCCCUCGCUGCCUGAGGUCGACUUUUGUCGGCUGUUUUUUUCUUUUUCUUUGUAAAUGCUUGAAAACCACUCACCUGAUGAAGUCUCGGAUCAUGAAGUGUCACGUCUGGUCGGUCUGUGUCUGAAUAUUCUGGGGCAGUGCGCCUUCUCCCUUCUGACUUCUCCGCCUGCCUAUCCGUCCACUUGUUCCUGUACUUGUGUCACGACACUGUGACAAAACCGGCGUGUGCAUGUCUCUCUCUGUGUGUGUGUGUGUGUGUGUGUGUGUGUGUGUGUGUGUGUGUGUGUGUGUGUGUGUGUGUGUGUGUGUGUGUGUGUGUGUGUGUGUGUGUGUGUGUGUGUGUGUGUGUGUGUGUGUGUGUGUGUGUGUGUGUGUGUGUGUGUGUGUGUGUGUGCGCGCGUGUGUCUGUGUGUGUGUGUGUGUGACAUCACGGCCCUCGCCAGCAGCUGAAGUCGCAAGGCAUAGACGGAUCGGUGCAGGCUCUGAAUGCUUUGCACAGUGUCCCCGGGCCACAUAUAGAACACAAGCUUGUUGAGUCGAGUCAGACCGUCUCUUUUGUCUGGCUUUUGUUUUUCAGUCCAGCUUAGUCGUCAUUGUGCGCCCCCCCCCCCCCCCCCCCCCCCCCCCCCCCCCCCCCCUUUUUUUAAACUACACAUGAAAGAUAACAGAGUAGUAAAAAAAUGUUGAGACUAAUUCCCCCCACCGCCUCCGCUUGAUACAAACAAUUACACACAGAACACUUGAUUGAAAAACGUGUCAUCGACAGCAGCCUUGCACCUCAGGAAGAAAUCGCUUUGCUCAGCUGAUGUAUAAGCCAAAUAGAAGAUGAUCUAUGUAUACAGAGUAUAUGAAUUUAUUUUCUCUAUCAUAAUUCUAUUUUAUUAUUGUUUCUCUCUGGCACUCCCCCUAAAUGAAUGUAACCCCUUUGCAUGACCCUGUCGGGGAUUCACUUACAAAGCACCUCGCCCAGUCUUGAGCAGGAGUUUCACUUCACCAUGAAGCAUCAGUCGGAAAAAAAAUUAAAAGGACAAACGGAGCAACUGGAAAUCGGAGAAGAAGAAUUUAUGAUGUACUUUGUGCGACAGACAUUACAGUGUUCAAAAAUAUUCCCUCAUGUUCCAUUUCAUUUCUUUUGUAUCUCAAAGCGUUCAUCACUGUUUUGGAAUCUCAGCCCUCCACGGGGCAGUCUUGUGAUAUAUCCUUCAUUACCAUUAUUCUCAUAAUUUGUUGAGCUUUGUUCCACUGUAGACUGUGUAUUUUUUUUUUCUUUUUUCGACGAUAUAGAUUGCGCUGUGUGCUGUUUCGAUGUAUGUACCAUGUUUGUGGCUCGGGUUUUGAUUUCCCUUGGAGGUUUUUCUAAGAGAAACAGCCGAGUCGAGUUGAAAAGAAGAAAAAUAAAGUUUUAUAAAUAAUUUGAA